UUGUAAAGUAAGAAAAAGAAAGCUUCAUUCGUUAAUAAUUUUAUUUUUUUAAGUUAAACCAUGGUAAUUUUUGUUUUAAAAAUUUUAUUCUUAAUAAAUAUAUUCGUACAACCAACAUGUCUUCAACUUCUCAUUAAUGUUAAAAAUCAGGGUGGCGAUGUUAUGCAAGAGAAUAUUACGGCGAACGUAUCUGAGGACACGGUGACCCUAGAGUUUUUACGGUUGGAUGGCGUUUACGUCUCCCAACUCGUGGAUUUCACUAAUGAAGUUGAAGCAAUGAAGGUUAUUAUACCAGGUGAAGAAGAGUUGGGGCAAACUGGUCAUCAAAUACUUUGUUUCCUAACCCAUGCAGCUCAAGCUGACUUCAUAGCUCCAGAUGCAAUGGCCAAGCUUAGACAGAAAAAUCCAGGAACAGUAAGAGUGGCAGAGGAAGAUAAAGGAUGGCGGCAGACUACUGCCACUGCAUGGGCUGGCCGUGCCACUCUGCUCUUAUCCCCAGCUGCAGCAAGACACUGUGCCCCAGCCCACGACAAAGUUUAUCUGCGCUCUGCUGAUUUAUCAAGAUGGGCUCCAAGGCCUGGUAUGGAACAGUCUUCGUAUUCAUCUGAAGUUACCCCAUUUCCUGCCCAUGCACUCUCAUCUGAUACUUCAGAUGGAAAUCCAUCAGUAAGUGUAUGUGUGGCUGAAAAAGAUGCUUCUAAAGAGUGCAUCUGUCAUUUAGAGGUCUGUGUUAAUUGGUACCCAUGUGGCUUAAAGUAUUGCAAAGGAAAACCUCAGGGUGGCCUCAGUUAUCGCUGUGGGAUCAAGACAUGUCAUCGCUGUUAUCGCUAUCACUACUAUGUCCGUCGACGAGAUACCUGCCUCAACUACAUGUGACCCCACGCUCGCCCACCGGGCUUCUCACUAUGCCAAACUGUGCAUCUAGUCAAUCUACUUGUAGCUUUCUUAUAUAUUUACAAGAUUAUGAACUGUGAAAAUUGUAUCUACAUUUGUAUUAUAUAUUUUGCUAGAAAACUGUUUUUAACUAAGAAUAAAUGAAGUAAAUUUUCAAUCUUUUAUUCAUAUCUAUGUUA